AAUUUCAAUCACUUCUAUAAGAAAAUGUAAUUGAUAAUAUAUCUUUUUGUAUUGCUAUAUGAUACAUCAAAUGUAAAAAAUAAAGGCAUUAAUGCAGUUUAUUUUUAUACCAGAAUGAAAAUCCUGGCCCAGGAUCCUAUAAUGUUGCCAAAGGACCAGAUAUCAACAGUGUUUCUUUAUCAAUGAAAGGGACUGGAGACUUUCCUUCAAAGGCACCUCGAAGUUCCUUCUUUAGGGUCAGUCGGACCCCUGCACCAAACUCAUACCACAUUAAAGAUGCCCUAUUUGCACAACAGGAUUUUAACAAAAGCAACUCCAGCAUGUUCCAUCAGCCUAUAGCUAUAAAAGUGGAGGACACAAAACAUCUUACACCAGCUCCAAAUCAGUACAAAGCAUCUAUAAAUUAUUGUCUUCCCAAUAACAAUGUAUCUGCUCAAGCUGCUUUUGUCUCCAGAACAAAGAGAGAGGCUGUACAGUUAAACCCUCUUAAAGUACCUUCACCUUGUCACUAUACAGUCAAUGAUUCGCUAACUAAAGAAUCUCCUAAGGUUCUGGUGUCAUGCUUCAAGUCAAAGACUACUCGGGAUGUUUUGAAUAUGGCCUUGAAUAACCCAGGACCAGCCAGCUAUGACCCAUUUGGAUGCCCUGAAAUAGGAAAGAAGACUGUUUUUUCCAGGAAACAUUACCUCUGUUUCUCAGCCACCGCGGUACCAGUUCCCAAGACACCAAGUUUUCCAGGCCCUGGGUAUUAUGAACUUGUGGACUAUGAUGGACCUCCCAAACAGUACAUUUCCAGCUCUGCAUUUGUAUCCAACACCAGUCGUUGGGCUGGAGAUGCCUCUGGAGCAGAUGUGCCUGGUCCUGGUUAG